ACUUGCAAUUAUGUUACCAAGCAGUGACUUCCCUAUAACAUAGGGCCGCUUUGUAUCUCUUCUCGCUUUCUGAUCUCUUUGUGAUGAGACAAUAGUCUUGUUAUAGUGUUGUUAGGGCAUUGUUAUGGUCAACUAAACUCAACAAGGUAAAAUGUGGAUUGUGUGGGAACAAUGCCUCAUUGAUGGAACAAGACAAUGUUCUGGGCGUCUUAUAUAGUGUAGCAAUUUUCUCGAUGUGAUUGUGACUUGGGUUUAUUCACCAAUUGACUCAGUGGUUUCGGUUACCACUGAACAACUCAUCCGGUAGCGUAGCAGUGCUGGUUACUUCGCUCAAGGUUGUCUUGAAGCUAGAUCUUUCGUUGUUCAGUGGCAGGACCGUAUAUCGCCAACCAUGGCAGAGUACACCGGCCUGGAGCCAACAGAAACUCAUGCCGAUGAGUCGAAUAUCUUUGACCAAAUCGACUUCGACAGUAAUGAAAUCCAAGCCCCUGAGGGGUUCUUUUCCUUCUUUGAGCCUUCUGAGCCGCAGGACUCCGAACCAGGUCCCGUAGAUCAAGGUGGGGUUGACGAGGUGUCUUCCCAGUCUCUCUCACAAUGCAUAGAUCCGAAGUUGCUAGAUAACGACUAUGAUGCCACUGCAGACGUAGUCGUUGAGCAACAGCCACCGGAGAAUCACGGUACGAAUUAUCCAGUCGCCAAUCCUAUGACUAAUUUCACGAAUGGUAAUGUUGUCUAUAACGCCCCCUAUCCUCCCAUGUCAAACUACGCUCCUGCAAUGAACUUCCCUCAAAAUAAUUUUCAGUAUCCAUAUCUGCCUGCGACUAACCCCCCGUACCUAGGCCACGGAGCUGGAUACCCGGUAUACGUUAUGCAAUAUCCACCACCCGAACAAGCAUACCCAACGGCCGACGCUACGUACGUACUACCGGAGGCUCUACCCCCAACUGCACAACCGACGCAUCACAUAGUCACUAGAAAUGGUUCACAACCUCGGGAUCUACCCCCGGCACGCAUCGCUCCUUCGUUCAACUCGUCUCUUGUGGAUCCAAAGAUCUUUGAAGCUCGGCGAAGUAGAGUCCCUUCCCCUAUCAUCAUAUAUCACAAGCCUCCUCUAAAACGACCCACUAAAGGACCCAACGGGGAAUCGCUCAAGAACGAUAGGAUACCCCGAGUCACCCGGAAGAACCAACCUCGGCCCAACCCCCGAGAGUGGUACGGACCUCCGCUAAGCCCGCCUGAAAGCUGGGGUCCGAAGGACAAGACUGGCCGUCCCGUGUUUAAGUACACGGAAUAUGGUGAGCUCGAGCGGGGCAGGUCCUAUAGUCAGAAGGAGAUGCGCUGGUACCUCUACGGCCCGAAGGUACAUGAAGACUUUGAGCUUCCCAAACCUCUACCAAAUGUACCGGAGGUUGAGAAUAAGACUCGCCAAGGUCUAACCAUCUGGAUCGGUUGGGUGGCGUCGCAGUCUAACGAACGAUACCCCCACGGGUCCCAGUCUCAGAGAUGUCGAUUUGCAGACUGUCCCGAUCCUAAUCACACGAUCAGGGCGGGGUUUCCGCGCGUCAUCUUUGAUGAGAGGACGAACGUGGACGCAGACGCGAUCGACCCGUUCCACAACGCCGGAUACGCGCAUCUUUUCUGCUUCGAAAAGCACUUCGAUCUCGUCCAGGCUUUCCAUCACCUCGACGUCCGCGCAGACGAGCGAGACUUCAAGCGCGAGGAAAACUUGGGCAGGCUAUCACGGCAAUUUCCCGAGAUUCGAAAUGAGCUAGACCUCUGGUGGCGAGAUCAGUACCCUAAAUUUCUGGAACAUGGCAAGAACAGGGAUCGCUCUUACGAGCAGUCCCUAAGUUACCGUCUCAUAUGCCACACACUAGAGCACAGCAGCGAGGGUCGCGUCAAGAUGCGGGAAAGUAGAGGCGGCGCCGACAUGUCGAAGCAUAAAGGUGACCUCGUCGAGCUAAGGUUUCUCAAGGACUGUAUGGCCGAGGGUUUAAUGGAUAGGAACGGAGAUCCGCGGCCCGGGGCCCGUGAAUAUUUAGCAGAUCUCAACGCAAAAGGUAAGAGAAAGAAGAAGGGAAUUGUCAAGAGAAUUGGGCACACAGAUUCUCCGAUUUCAGCAGGGCUACACAUGGACAGACCUCCGCAAAGUGCACAGUCCGGUUCUUAUAUUCAUGGUUUCACCCCUAGCGCUGAGUUCGUACCGAUGCCUCAACCUUCUUCCAUGAACUUCCCAGUACCUCGCGGCGGUUUGUCCAUGGCAGCGACGAAUUUCAACCAAACGAUGGCGGCAGCCUUGUACCAACCAGGACCAGUUCCUGCAGACCGCUCACAACAAAAGCGGGACAGGAACGAAGUGUUGUUCGAAGACCAGCAGGGCAGUUAUUCUAACAACCAAGAAGCUCAAGAGCCCCAGACCAAGAGGCGGAGACUAUCUCACCCGGGAAGCCCAAGACCAAACACACCGACUGAUCAAAUCCCACUGCCUCAUGACGCCAGCCAGCACCUGCAAGCAAACAGGGAUAAUGGCCCGUCCGUGGAAAGCGAAGAGCAUGAUGGCUUACCAGCUGACUUUCCGCCCUUAGACCUAGACUUGGGCCAUCGUGAUGAGGUCGAACUCGACGAUAGCGCCGUUUUCAACAUAAUUGACGAGGAAAUGCCAAGCGGUGAGUUGCCUACUGGUGAUAACGUUAACACAGCCGCAGAAAUCGAGGUUGACGGCUCGCAUGAUUCAGAAUCCGAAGAAGACGAUGAUCUUUUCGGUGAUCCUGAUGACGCAGAUUACAACCCUGAAGAGGACGAGUAAAACCUCUCUCACGAGGAAACUCCGGGAAUUGGCUGCCCUGGAGGCAAAUGUCGAAGAGGAACUUCGGGCGAUUGAGUGUCGAAUCACUCGUUAGACUUAGACUCUCGCCAUUACCAGGUAAGCAGCAGCAGAAUGAGGUAAGGCCUAAGAGGUGAGUAACGAGUUAUGAGAAAGCGAAUGACAAUAUAUACCCAACGUGUUUAAGGCGAGGGAGUAUGGCGAAUAUGUUUACCUAUUUACUAUUACUUAAUUCAUAAAUCAAUCAUCUACCUACACAAUUACAUUUUCACUUACAACAACGGAUUGUAAAUAUACCCGUAAAAUAUAACAAAGCCAACUAGUAAGCAUUAAACGUUGUACCCGGAGAAAUCCUAGAGAGCAUGUAU